AUGGGGGAGCACUAUCAGAGUAUCGCCGCCGGCGCCGCCGCCAGUAGCAUCAACAGUAGCGUGCAUCUCGACGGCGAAAGAGGGGAGCAGAAUGGCAACGGCAUCGUUACGUCGCGACCUGGAACGGUUGUAGAAACUUCAGCGGGAGGAGACGACAGGCACAAACUCUUUCUCGGCACCUUCAUUCACAAUGCAUCGCUAGCGGAGCUGAAGUAUCGUCACAAGGCCGCUGUAUGUGUCUCGAAAGAGGGCACAAUCGUCGCUAUCGAAGAUGACUGUGAUCGGGAAAGGGCUGAGGAGGUGCUAUUCCCUCGCCUUGGAUGGUCUAGAGAUGAGGUGCAGGUCAUUACUGCCAGUGAAGGACAGUUCUUUUUCCCUGGCUUUAUAGAUACGCACAUCCAUGCGCCUCAGUACCCAAACUCGGGCAUCUUUGGUAAGUCGACGCUGCUCGACUGGUUGACCACGUACACGUUCCCGCUCGAAGCGUCGCUGGCCGACCCUGCCAAGGCACGCCGGGUCUAUGGUCGUUGCAUCAGCAAGACGCUGGCACAUGGCACGACCUGCGCAGCCUACUACGCCACUAUCGACGUUCCAUCAACCAACCUCCUAGCGGACCUGUGCAUGGCCGCUGGCCAGCGAGCACUCGUCGGCAAGGUCUGCAUGGAUCAGUUAAGCCCGGAUUGGUACCGCGAGGAGAGCGCCGAAGUCAGCUUGCAAGCAACGAGGGACUCCAUCGUCCACAUCAGCAAGAUCGACCCUGGAUUCCAAACCAUCAAGCCAAUCAUAACGCCCCGAUUCGCUCCGAGCUGCUCAGUCGAGCUGUUGGGUGCUCUGGGAAGGCUGCACGCCGAGACGGGGCUGCCGGUACAGACGCACAUCAGCGAAAACAAAGGUGAAAUCGAGCUGGUGCGUGAGAUGUUUUGCGGUGGAGUCAAUGCAACUAAAUGCGAUGUUGUUGAAGACGUCGGCGAGACUUAUGCCGGGGUCUAUGACCGGUACGGACUUCUGACGGACAAGACGAUCCUUGCGCAUGCGAUCCACCUCUCCGAGGCCGAGGCAUCGCUGAUCUCUGAGAGGGGUUCCAAGGUCAGCCACUGCCCGUGCAGCAACAGCUCCAUCACCUCGGGCGCCGCCCGGGUCCGCUGGCUGCUGGACAAGGGCAUCGAGGUCGGCCUUGGUACCGACGUCAGCGGCGGCUACUCGCCGUCGAUCCUGGACGCGGCGCGUCAGGCGCUGCUGGUAAGCCGGCACGUGGCUCUGGCGGGAGCGGGAGACUGCUGCGACGAUGCGGCUAAGCUGUCGGUCGAGGAGGUGCUGCAUCUGGCGACGCGGGGCGGUGCGGCUGUGGUCGGGCUGGCGGACCGCGUCGGCGCCUUCGAGGUCGGCUUCGACUGGGACGCGCAGCUCGUCGGGCUCGGCAGCGUCGGAGAGAACGGCAUGCAGGAGGGCGCCGCGUCGGCUAGCGGCGAGGACAACCACCAGAGCAACGUCGACAUCUUUGGCUGGGAGACGUGGGAGGAGCGCGUCGCCAAGUGGCUAUUCAACGGGGACGACAGGAAUACAAAGAGGGUCUGGGUGCGCGGCAGACUGGUGCACUCGAGAAAGUGA